AUGAAGGCCGAUAUACCCGCGAAUAAGACGGAGCAGCAGGAGCUGGACCAGCAGGAACCCGUUCCCGAAAAUGCCGACCACUUGCAGCGAAAGCUCUCGAAUCGCCAGCUGCAGUUCAUCGCAAUCGGCGGCUCCAUAGGCACCGCUCUGUUCGUCAGUAUCGGUUAUGGCCUCAUCGAGGGCGGCCCCGGCAGCCUCUUCCUCGCCUUCGUCAUCUACAGCUGCAUGAUGGCAACUGUCAACAGCUGCGUAGCCGAAAUGGCAGUCUUUAUGCCCGUCAGCGGAUCUUACGUGCGCAUGGGAUCGAAAUGGGUCGACGAGGCUCUCGGAUUUACCGCUGGAUGGAACUUCUUCCUAUACGAAGCCAUUUUGAUUCCUUUCGAGAUAUCAGCGCUCAACUUGGUCCUGGGAUACUGGAGCAAGGAUAUACCGCUGGCAGCCGUCUGUGCGGCUUGCAUUUUUCUCUAUGGCGUCAUUAACUUAUUCGCUGUGCGAUGGUACGGUGAGAGCGAGUUUUGGCUUUCGUCCGGAAAACUGAUACUCAUAUUUAUGAUGUUUCUUUUUACGUUUGUCACCAUGGUUGGUGGCAAUCCCCAGCACGACGCGUAUGGCUUCCGCUACUGGAGAAAUCCUGGAUCGUUCACGGCAUAUGUAACGACUGGACCCCUCGGCCAUUUCGAAGGGUUUCUCGGUGCUUUUUACCAAGCUUCCUUCACGAUCGUUGGACCCGAAUACAUUGCGAUGGUUUCUGGAGAAGCGCAACAUCCGCGGAGGACCAUAAAGCAAGCCUUUAAAACGGUUUACUGGCGAUUUGGAUGCUUCUUUAUAUUGGGAGCGCUUUGCAUUGGAAUUGUGCUGCCGUACGACGAUCCCACAUUGAACAAGAUCUUGAACAACGGGGACACUGGAAAUGCUGGAGCCUCGCCGUAUGUCAUUGCCAUGCAGAAUAUGGGUAUCAAGGUGUUGCCCGACGUUACCAACGCGCUCCUGGUCACCAGCAUCUUCUCGGCAGGAAAUUCGUACGUUUACGCCGCGACGAGAACUCUCUACGCUCUUGCCUUGGACGGCCACGCCCCGAAAUUUCUGGGGAUAUGCACGAACAAGGGCGUUCCCAUCUGGGCCUUUGUCGUCACCAUGCUGUUCCCAUUCCUAUCAUUCCUUUCCGUCGGGAACGGCGCAUCCGCUGGACUGAAGUGGUUGGCGAAUCUAACGCAAGCAUCGCAGGUCAUGAACUACAUCAUGAUGUGUAUCAUAUACCUCUUCUUCUACCAGGCCCUCCGGGCCCAAGGUUACUCGCGUGAUAGCCUUCCCUACCGUGGAUGGUUCCAACCGUAUACCGCUUGGAUCGCACUGACCUGCAUGAUCCUAACCGUCAGCACUUACGGCUACACGGUAUUCUUGCCCGGUUGGUGGAAGGUCGGGACCUUCUUUACCUAUUACACCAUGGUGUUUGUCUGCAUCAUCUUGUAUGUCGGCUUCAAGGUGUUGAAGAAGUCGAAAAUUGUGCGCUCUGCAGAGGCUGACUUGGUGUGGGAACGCCCAAUCAUCGAUGCCUAUGAGGCGGCUACCGAACCACCGUUGGGCAUUUGGGAGGACCUUGGCGCCUUCGUGGGGAUCAAGAGAAAGAAGGCGGUGGAGUAUCAGGAGUAGACGGGAGAGGAUAGAGCGAGACGGGUAGAGUGUAGCUGGUUUGGUGAAGAUUCGCGGGUAAAGCAGAUUUUUCGCGCACGGGAACUAUAGAUGGCAAUCCUACCGGCUCUGAGUCGCGUUGCCGAUGCGAGGCGAGUAGGAUUUAGUAUGGCCCGCCUCUGUCAUGUGGUGAAGACAUUUACGCCUACAUGUGCACAUUUGCGAC